CGUUGGAUUGUGUCCGGCGCAGUUUCAGCAGCCAACACAGUCCUAGUUAUCACUUUAUUUCUUCAUUUUGACGACUCCAUCGAUUUUAUUUACCUGAUGUAAUUGUUUUGACUCACAUGACAUGUUUCAAAGCCAAGCCAGCAGACAUUUUGAAAGUUAGCGGGUAACUUUUGGAUUUUGGGGUAACAGUGAAGAGAGCUAAUCACCAUCAUCAUGCUACUUGAGUUGCUCCUGCUUUUGGCAUCAUGUUGCAUCGGGGAGUCAAAGAGAAGAAACGUCCUUCUAAUAAUUGCUGAUGAUGCAGGUUUUGAGACGGAGGUGUAUAACAACUCUGUGGUCCACACCCCCCACCUGCGCUCUCUGGCCCAGCGUAGCUUGGUGUUCAACAACGCCUUCACCUCUGUCAGCAGCUGCUCCCCCAGCCGCUCCACCAUCCUCACAGGCCUGCCGCAGCACCAGAACGGCAUGUACGGGCUUCAUCAGGGUGUUCACCACUUCAACUCGUUUGAAGGAGUGCAAAGUCUGCCGCUGCUCCUCAGACAAGCCAACAUACACACAGGUAUAAUCGGGAAGAAGCAUGUCGGUCCUGGAUCUGUAUACCCUUUUGAUUUUGCAUACACAGAGGAGAACAACUCUGUCCUCCAGGUGGGGAGGAACAUCACUCGCAUCAAACUCCUGGUCCGCAAGUUUUUCCAGACCCAAAAAGAAGAAGCCUAUGAACGAAGGCAAAAGAAAGAAGAGAAUAAAGACAGUCUAAAAGAUGAAGAGAGGCCGUUUUUACUUUAUGUUGCCUUCCACGACACUCACCGCUGUGGACACUCGCAGCCCCAGUACGGAGCGUUCUGUGAGAAGUUUGGGAACGGUGAAAUGGGGAUGGGCAGAAUACCUGACUGGACACCAGAAUAUUACACACCAGACCAAGUGAAGGUUCCUGCCUUUGUGCCGGACACACCUGCAGCGCGAGCCGACUUGGCAGCACAGUACACCACGGUGAGCAGGCUGGACCAAGGUAUCGGUUUGGUUCUUCAGGAGCUGAGGGACGCUGGUUAUGAGAACGACACGCUUGUCAUGUACAGCUCCGAUAACGGCAUCCCCUUCCCGAACGGCAGAACCAACCUGUAUCGCUCCGGCACAGCAGAGCCCAUGUUGGUGUCCUCUCCAGAGCACAGAGAGCGAUGGGGAGACACCAGCCAGGCCUACGUCAGCCUGCUGGACAUCACUCCCACCAUUCUGGACUGGUUUUCUGUUCCCUACCCGUCCUACAGCCUCCCCGGCAGCCCCGCCGCUCUGGUCCGCCUCACCGGCCGCUCCUUACUGCCAGCUCUGGUCACUGAGCCCAGCAGCUGGCACACCGUCUAUGCCAGCCAGUCCCUCCACGAGGUAACCAUGUACUACCCAACCCGCUCUGUCCACCAGGGGGCGUACCACCUUCUCCACAACCUACACUACCGCAUGCCCUUCCCCAUCGACCAGGACCUUUACGUGUCACCCACCUUCCAGGACCUGCUGAACCGCACCAGGCUGAGCGAGCCCACUCACUGGUUCAAAAGCCUGGAGCAGUAUUACUACAGAGAGCGCUGGGAGCUGUACGACACCAGGGCGGACCCACUGGAAAGCAGGAACCUGGUGCCAGACCCGUCCUACAGCGGCGUGCUGGAGAGCCUGAGGCAGAGUCUGCAGAAGUGGCAGUGGCAGACGGGGGACCCCUGGGUCUGUGGACCUGACUACGUCCUUGAGGACAAACUAGAGCCGCACUGCAGACCCCUCUACAAUGGACUCUAAUGGUACUUUUACUCAUCUUGACUGACAUGAUGUCUGCAUACACAAACACAUUCCUCUGAUAAAAUAAAUGACAUUUGUAUUUUUGUAUGUGAGUGCUGCUUUUAGUGCUUAAAAAUAAACUUGAAUUGCCUUGAUACCUAACAUUGUUUCCGGUAUAGUCUCAUUCUUCUUUAUGUCAGCAGAUAAUUUCAUCAUUCAGGUGAGUGGUCCUUCUUAUCUCUUUCUAUACAUUUAAAAGUACAUUUCCCGUCAUCCAGACGUCCUCAUAAACCUGUCUCAUAGAGAGGCAACGUGGUUACACACCGACUGCUCUGUUAUUAUUUAAUUGAAACAAAUGUAGAAAUGGACCCGUCUUUGUUUUACUCUCCGUCACUGUUGCUCUCCUACUGAUCUGCUGUUUACACAGUUCAUGACGCGUGACCGGAGAGGUCGACAAAUCAGUCGGGAAAAGUUUUAUUGAUUCCUCAGAGCUCCACUUUGAAGUGACACAGAUUCGCAAUCA